CGUGUUUUUCACUUUCGUGGGUUCUUCCUCAAAUCGAUCUGGUGAAUUAGCUGGUUCGGUUGCGAUUGGGAUAAUGGUUUUUCUGAAGAAAUUGGCCUGAUUGUGUACUGUCCAGUAGUAUUAUAGUUGGUGCAUCGAAUCCUGAUUUCAUUGCCCAGCAAUGACAACGUACGAGGAAUUCAUCCAGCAGAACGAAGACCGGGACGGCAUUCGACUGACUUGGAAUGUUUGGCCAUCCAGUCGGAUCGAUGCUAGCCGACUGGUUGUACCUUUGGGCUGCCUAUACCAGCCAUUAAAGGAACGCCCGGAUCUGCCUCCGAUUUUGUACGAUCCUGUCGUAUGCACAAGAACGACUUGCAGGGCAAUAUUGAACCCCAUGUGUCAGGUGGAUUACAGGGCCAAGCUUUGGGUUUGCAAUUUUUGCUUCCAGCGAAAUCCGUUUCCUCCGCAGUAUGCAGCUAUCUCGGAACAGCAUCAGCCUGCGGAGCUGAUAGCAGGAUUCAGCACGAUUGAAUAUACGAUCACCAGAGCUCCAUGCUUACCACCGGUGUUUCUGUUCGUUGUGGACACUUGUAUGGAUGAGGAAGAACUUGGUGCGCUGAAGGAUUCGCUGCAAAUGUCACUCAGCUUACUUCCGGCGAACGCUCUGGUUGGUUUGAUAACUUUCGGUAAGAUGGUUCAGGUGCACGAGCUUGGCAACGAUGGAUGCUCGAAAAGCUACGUAUUCCGUGGCACGAAGGAUUUGUCCGCUAAGCAGAUUCAAGAUAUGCUUGGAAUUGGCCGAGCGCCGGGACCGAAUCAACAGCAGCAGGCUCAACAGCAAAUGCGCGGCCCGGCUGGCCCAGUUCCACCGGCCAACCGAUUCCUUCAACCGCUGCACAAGUGUGAUAUGGCCUUGACCGAUCUGCUGGGUGAGUUGCAACGAGAUCCUUGGACGGUUCCACAGGGAAAACGGUUCCUUCGUUCCACCGGGGCGGCCCUCUCGAUUGCUGUUGGAUUGCUAGAGUGCACCUAUCCGAACACCGGAGCCCGCAUAAUGAUGUUCCUCGGUGGUCCCUGUUCCCAGGGUCCUGGUCAGGUCGUUGACGAUGAACUGAAGCAUCCGAUUCGAUCGCAUCACGAUAUUCACAAGGACAAUGCUAAAUUUAUGAAGAAAGCUAUCAAACACUACGAAGCGCUGGCACUGAGAACUGCAACCAAUGGACACUGUAUUGACAUUUAUUCCUGUGCUUUGGAUCAAACAGGUUUGAUGGAGAUGAAGCAGUGCUGCAACUCAACCGGAGGCCACAUGGUAAUGGGAGAUUCAUUCAAUUCCUCUCUAUUUAAGCAGACCUAUCAGAGAGUGUUUGCUGUCGAUCAAAAGGGAGAUCUUAAGAUGGCAUUCAACGGAACACUGGAGAUAAAAUGUUCGCGAGAGUUGAAAAUCGAGGGUGGCAUUGGAUCGUGUGUGUCUUUGAAUGUGAAGAAUGCUUCCGUGUCGGAUUCAGAAAUUGGCAUGGGUAAUACGGCACAGUGGAAGCUCUGCACAAUGAGUCCAAACAGCACUAUGGCGUUCUUCUUCGAGGUGGCAAACCAACACGCGGCUCCGAUUCCUCAAGGCGGUCGAGGGUGUCUACAGUUUAUUACUCAGUAUCAGCAUUCCAGUGGUCAGCGUCGCAUUCGGGUGACAACCGUGGCCCGCAGCUGGGCUGAUGCCACCUCCAAUUUGCACAUGAUAAGCGCAGGAUUUGAUCAGGAGGCCGCCGCUGUGUUGAUGUCCAGAAUGGUCGUUUAUCGGGCUGAAUCGGAUGACGGCCCAGAUACACUCCGUUGGGUCGAUCGACAGCUGAUUCGUUUGUGUCAGAAAUUCGGAGAGUACGGCAAGGACGACCCGAAUAGUUUCCGGCUGGCUGAAAACUUUUCUUUGUUCCCUCAGUUUAUGUACCAUCUCCGUCGAUCGCAGUUCUUGCAGGUGUUUAAUAAUUCUCCCGAUGAAACUACAUUCUAUAGACAUAUGCUGAUGAGAGAAGACCUCACGCAAUCGCUGAUUAUGAUUCAACCCAUUCUCUACUCGUACUCUUUCAAUGGCCCGCCCGAACCCGUCUUGCUGGACACCUCAUCCAUUCAGCCGGAUCGAAUCCUGCUGAUGGAUACCUUCUUCCAGAUUCUCAUUUUCCAUGGAGAAACAAUUGCUCAGUGGCGUAGCCUCAAGUACCAGGAUAUGCCAGAGUACGAAAACUUCAAACAGCUCCUGCAAGCUCCGGUUGACGAUGCACAGGAAAUCCUACAGACCCGCUUCCCCAUGCCACGGUACAUCGAUACGGAGCAGGGAGGAAGCCAGGCCCGGUUCCUGCUCUCGAAGGUGAACCCAUCGCAGACUCACAACAACAUGUACGCGUACGGACAGGUCGCUGCACCAACGGACGGAGGAGCUCCAGUUCUAACAGAUGACGUUUCGUUGCAAGUAUUCAUGGAGCACCUCAAGAAGCUGGCCGUUUCAUCAACCACAUAGGCAGUGUAAGUGUGGGAGGAUUUUAUCAACGCCGAUGUGUUUAUUUAUCUACUAGAUCUACAAUUCCAUUGAUUAUUUUUACGUGUGUGUGCGUGUAUGUAUGUUCCGCGCCACUAAUCAAUUUAUCGGAAUCGAAACGCUGAAAGAUAGGACGUUCUCAUUCAGCAAAGGCUUGAUUUUUCAAUUGAAUUGUGUCGUAAAUGAACGAGACGAACGAAUGGCAUCUUUGCGUCCAAUAUAACAGGCGGGUCGAUAUCAAUGCAAGUAACGGACAUGGAUUAAAUAAAAUAAAUUACUUUUUUUCAUGUUUUUGUAACAGGAAAUAGAAUAA